AGUCCGACAGCGACAGGAGCUCUGCCGGCGUGUACCGUGCGGACGGACGGACAGACGGACUUGGACUUAGAUUGAACACCCUGGCAGGCUGUUCCAACGCACACGACUGUUCUCUCGCAGGCAUCUCGAGACGCGGAGCAGUUCGGAGGGAAUUAAUUGCGCCACGUGUACAGCGCCCGUUUCCCGCCCACGUUCGCGUGUUCGCGAGUCGCCGUCGAAUUCAGUCGCAAAAACAGAUCUGUGAUAGAUCGUCGUAGCACGGGUCAGAAGUGAUCGUGAAGAUGCAUCCCGUGGGAAUGCUGGCAGUCCUGCUGCUGAUCGGUACCGAGGUUUUGGGAUACCCGCCGCAGGAGAGAAUAAUGCCAGAUGAGACGCCGGUUCCCGAGGACGCGGUCGUGCACGAGGACUCCGUGGCGUCGGCGUCGGAGGUGGGCGAAGAGUACGACGACUCCGACAUGUACAUGGAGCCGGACGAGGCGGAGGCCGCGACGACGACGACGACGACGACGACGACGACGACGACGACGACGGCGCGGCCGGACGCGGACGCUGGUACGAGGAAGGACAAUGAUGAAGCGAAGGGCAACAGCGACGAGAAAGCAUCCAGCGGCGGGGAAACGGAAGCCAGCGCGGACCAAGAGGCGCGGAACACCCGGAACAACGCUCGGUUCGCCGACGGCGCCGGAACGGCCGGCAGCCUGGAGACCGACAGCCAGAACUUCUUCCCGUCGUUCGCGGAGCUGUUCGCGAACCACCGGCUGCCGUUGAGCGAGCAGCAGCAGCAGCGGUACCGACCCAACAGGUUCCUCGGCUACUUCCAGCGCGACCGCAGCUACCAGGCUGCGGCGACGAACGCCGGCGCGAAGGACCAGCACUCGCUGUUGGGCUCCGGCAACUUCGGGGUGAUCCGCGGCGGCACUUACUACCCGGAGGACAAGGAGAACGACGAGUACUCGGUGGACGAGAGCCUGUACAACCCGUACUACCACGGACGCGCGCGUGCGCAGUACUACAGGAACCCGAAGCCGCAGCCGGUCCGCGGCGGAGACUUCUUCGCCAACUUCCGCGACUUCGCCGACAUCACGGCGCCGCCCAAGUCCAGUUUCUCGCAUCUGUCGGUGGUGUACGCCAACAAGAACGGCAGCUCCGCCGUCGACGGCCGCGUCACCGAGCCCCGCAACAUCAUCGAGACCCUGAGGAUGUUGGAGCAGGAGGAGCAGGAGGAGGAGGAGGAGGAACGGGCCAACGUGGCGGCGGAGGAGGAGGAGGAGGAGUUCAGCACAGAGGAGACCCCGAGGAAGAAGCAGAGCAAGGGCAAGCGGAAGCUCAUGAAGAUGAAGCGAUACGAGGAGGACAAGGCCAGGAGGUCGCGCAUGUCCGUCGAGCCGUUGCUCGCCCUCAGCUGAGGGGCCGUGGGCGAGAACGUCGAAGGUGAAGUGCACGUUGACGCGGACGCAAACCUCGGGAUUUCUCCGAAAAACGCGGAAUCUGGCCUCGAGAGAUCGGAACCAAAGUCUGAAAAGCGCCGUCGCCUCGGUCUUAUUGGUGGAGGAUGUGCCGACGAAAUACGCGACUACGAGCGUGCGGGAGCGAGCGAGGAGGAGGACGAGCGAGGUGGCCGGGGGUGCUCGGCAAGAGUCCGUACGCUCGCGAAGAGGGUCGCGGAGUCGAGGACGCGCGUAUGAACUCUUGUCAAAAUCCAAAGAGCCGGCGACUACUACUCGGUCGCUACUCGGACGUCGCGGAGAGACGAGAUAUUCGAUUCUUGCGUUGGAAUAAUGUUCUGAUGUUGGAGGUCCCUCGCCACGCGGAGGGGGACGAGCUCGAGCGGCGGCUCUGAAUCCAACACCGCGCCAAAAGUUUCCGUGCCGACGCAUUUCGCCCUCUGAGCGACGAUAUUCUACACACUUUCGACAGCGCGAUCGCGGCUGGCUCUUUCGCUCCUUCUCUCUGCCUCUCUUGACACUGGAACUACCGAUCUGUUUCCACCGGAGCGGUCAAAAUGAUGACAGACUCUUGAGAAGAAAGAUUCACGUCACACGAGGCUGGAAACGUUUGUCCGUUUCUUUUUGUUCGGCGUUUAGUCUCACUCGACGAAUUAAACGGGACGUAGUUUUACAGAGUGUCGUUAAAAGUAGAAUCCUCGUACAAACCUGACUGAUCCCUUUAAAAGAAAUUACAAAUCGGUCAUUUUUUACCGCUCGAGAGAAGUCCUCGCGAGAAGUCUGCAAGUAGCGAACCGUGCGAGCAGGAUUUCAGUUUCUACGACUGGAAUUGGCUCCAUUGGCUCUCCGCGACGCAGGAUGACUACGGUAGUUCCGAUGUUAAGGUUACACGCGCGAGACGAGACACGGAAGUUGGAGCGUUAGAAAGUAGAAAACACCGGCCCGGUUCCUAUUUGCCGGCCAAUCACCGCCACGAGGUCCGAGAAGAAAGGGUGGCCCCGAUGAUCCACCGAAUUUCCACGUUAGCCGAUAACUUUCGCCGCGCGAGAAGACCUCGGCGGAUCCCGCGGGACUUUUUUCCUUCCCCUCUUCCCUCCUCUCCUUCUCGAGCGAACCGGAACGUUUUCUUUCUUCUCUCCUUCCCAACACGGCUCGGCGCCCCGCCGGCCGUGCGCGCACCGACACCUUCUGGAGCAGCGAGUUCCUGAUUCGGCGAGGCGUUCGCGCAGCUAACCGGCGACGCGAUUAUUCGCGAAGGCCUUUUACGUUGAUCGAAUUCACCCGCUCGCUCGUACGCUCGAGUAAGCCGCGAUUCUGGAAUCGGCAACUCUCACGCACCGGCGACAUUCGCGCGCGCGCGCGUUCGGCUCAACGACGGCUAAAUUCCACGACAGAGCGCGCGCAGAGACGUGCGCGCGGCCUCGUAAAGGCCAUCGCACACAAGCUGAACUUAAGCAGUAAGACGCAAGCAAUAAAGAAACCGACCAAUUGCAAUCAAUUAUUCUCGUAAGUUUCAAAAGGGCGUCCUUAAGUUUCGAUCGUGAUCGGUCGAUUCGCUUACUGCUUACGUCUUAUUGCUUCAAGCUCGUUUGUGCGCGAUCGCCUUUAUCCUGCAAUUGUGCGAAGCGCGUAAGCACGACUUCGCACAUCGCCGAUAGGUGCUCCUCCUCUCCCUCCACCCUGGACACGGACCAACGUGGCGAGAGGCGAGACCACCGUGGGACGUGCGAAAACGGCGAAACUCGCGAAGAGACUUGCGUUGCGCGCCGCGUUGUAAAUAAAUUAUGCCGAUUCGCUUCUCACACGUGUUACCUUAGUGUCUUAGUUAAAGCUACAAGGGACCAGAGAUGAGACGUUUGUUUGCGGCAUCGCACCAACACAUCAUCACGUUGACACGCGGAACUCAUUUCGCGAUUGGACCAACACUUUGAGCGGAGAUCCGCGCGCACUCUUGACUUGAGCUGCAAUAAAGACUGUCCGUUUUCUUUUCUCUCCUUCCUCUCCUUCCUUCUCCCCCUCUCUCUCUCUCUCUCUCUCUCUCUCUCUCUCUCUCUCUCUCUCUUCUGUCGUAUUCGCUAUUAAUUUUUACGAAGAUGCUUCUACCCGUGCUUACGGUUUCAACGAGGUCGCCGGACUCGGCCUCGGGAUUCACAAGUGCCGCUUAGGGUGAUCGAGUAAUCAAGUAUCCGCCCGCAGCAUCUCCCGGAAGACUUGCGAUCAUCGCGGAAUUAAGUAUAAAAGAGGCGGUAAAAUUCGCGGCGGCGAUCGCUUGCCGCGUUAUCUAGCGAAUAGAAGAAACGACUCCGAAUCGGCGGGACGAUCGCGGCCCGAUCCCUACUUGGCCGCAGCUGAUCUCGACUCGCUGUCGUUUCGCCUUGUUGUUGAUUAUUUUAACGCAGAACUGUAUCAUUAGGCUUUACACGUCGAACCGUCUGAAAAAUGUAUGCACAUCCCGCGCCCCGUUCAUCCCACACUGCGCGCUUCGAAGGGGCGCGGUGUGUGUGGACAAAAAAAUUGAAUAAAAUAUAUUUU